AUGUCGAAAGUCCCGCUCAUUGUGCAGGCGGUUUCUGUUCCCUCCGAUAUACUGAACGAGGCACACAGGCAGGGUAUUAUUGAGCUUCGUGUUUGGAACCCCCCGAAACAACAUGGCACGAUGGGUGCUGAUCGUGCCUGGGUAAAGGAAAACCUGCCCGGGGCAGCGGGGUUUCUCUGCAUCCCGCAAGUGCCUGUCGACGAAGAAGUGCUCGACUGGGCAGGUCCUUCACUCAAGGUUGUAUCGACAAUAAGUGUGGGGGUUGAUCACAUUGACCUCGCAUCUUGUGCGAAGCGUGGCAUAAAAAUAGGGCAUACCCCGUCUGUGCUGAACGACGCUGUUGCCGAUACGGCCUUGCUUCUUGCCAUGAUGGUGUCGCGCCAUAUCAUGAAGGCUCAUGCAAUGGUCCGCAAAGGUGAAUGGGGCACGACGCCCACGAAUGUACAGUCGUUCGUGGGCCCUGAAAUGACGGGUAAGACGAUUGGGUUCCUUGGAUUUGGCGAGAUCGGACAAAUGAUAGCGCGCCGUCUUUUGUCGUUCGCCCCGAAACGGAUCUUGUACACGACAUCGUCACCCAAGCCCUUGGACCUGCAGAACAAGGCGUUUAGCACUCUUGCACAGGACCCUUUUUUACAGUGCAUAGAGAAAUGCGGCUGUGCAUGGCCCAUCGAGAUGGCUAACGAGCCGGAUCGUGCAGCGCUUGCAGAAAAGAGCGAUUUCUUGUUUAUUAUUGCGAGCCUUAACUCGAACACGAAACACCUUGUCGACAAGGCAUUUUUGAACAAGAUGCAGCCCCACGCCAUCUUGGUCAAUGUAUCGCGCGGACCGCUGGUGGACACGAAUGCACUUAUCGAUGUGCUCAAGAACGGCAAGAUCGGUGGCGCGGGCCUCGACGUGAUUGAGGGCGAGCCGCAAAUUCCUGCCGACCAUCCCGCCUUGGACGAGGACCUCAUGGACCGCCUUGUGCUUUUACCGCAUUUAGGAAGUGCUACAGACGAGGCGCGAAGUGCGAUGAUUGAUUAUUCCAUACACAAUCUGCUUGGUGCACUUGGUUUGCCCGCAAAGGGCCGUACAGUCGAGAUGCCUGCCGAGUUACCGCUAUAG